AUGUUCAGACAUGUGUUCACAAUAAUGGGCUAUUGUUGUCAAUUCGAUGUAAAAUAUUUCAGUAAAUAUGCGGAAGAAAAUACGAGUUUUCGCACUGGUAUUGAAAUAUCCGAGGCAUUGGACAUAAUUAUUAAUAGCCAAAAAAUUACGUACAAUGGAAGUAUUGUAGACAGUUUUGUUUUUCUAUAUGUCUUCGACGAGGAAGACAAUUUGACGUUAUUAAAUCGACCAAUAACGUUGACUCCACUUACAUACUUCGACGUCACGGUGGACUCGUGGGCGAUCGAUUCAUCAAGUGAUGUUAAAACGUUAUCCUUAAAUAAUCGGAAAUGUUUUUUACCAUCCGAUACUAAUAUCAAAGCCGAUUCAUAUCAAGGAUGUAUGACAGUAUUGAUGAUGAGAAAAGUUAUUGAACACUGUCGCUGUAUGCCCUUCAAUUACGAUCCUAAUGAGCUUGAUGUUGAAAACUUCUCAAAAUGUACUUGGGAAAGACUAAAAUGCAUCUAUCAACAACUGGAUCGAGUUCAAAGCGAUGUUCGGGAUAUAAUAGUGGAACAAGAAUGUUACCAGAGAUGUGACUAUGUGCAAUACGAUACUGAAGCCGAGUACGUCAAAGUGGAUCGAAUGGUGGACAAAAAAACGAAAGGUAACACCCGAGUGACAAUACAUUUUGCUGAUAACACUUGCCUGAAAUAUAGACGAGAAGUAUUAUAUACAUGGGAUCAAAUGCUUGCAAAUCUCGGUGGCAUCUUCGGCCUGUGCCUCGGCGGAUCCAUUAUAAGCAUAAUUGAGCUUAUUUGGUUUCUCUUCAGAUCAUUAUUCACGUUUUUUGGAUUUCAAAAGAGUGUCUCGAACAUUAAAAAUGAAAGUGUACAAAGUGCCAAUUAG